AACUACAUUUGUAAAAAAAUUUUGAACUUUCCAAACACAUAUUAAACAAUGAAUAGCAAACUUAAAGAAAAGGAGGAAGUGAGAAGAGACCAACCAUCAAAAUUAUCUUCUGAAACAUUGAAUAUGGGCAAAGUGAAAAAACUCUACAGCAUGAUGUUUGAAAUCUAUGGCCGAGUGCAGGGUGUCUAUUUUCGAAAGCACACUCAAAUCAAGGCCAAAGAGCUGGGUCUUUAUGGCUGGUGCAUGAACACCAAAGAUGGCACUGUCAAAGGCAUUGUCGAGGGACCUGUAGACCUAAUAUCAGAAAUGCGAAUUUGGUUGCAGCAUAAGGGUAGUCCACGUUCCAUUAUUGAAAAAGCCGUUUUCACAAGCAAUGAGCCAAUUUCUGCUUACAACUUCAGCAAGUUCACCAUUAAACGUUAAAGCAAAAUCGGUUUAUUCCAAACAUUUUUCACGUUUCGAUUCAUUUAAUGUUUAAUGUAGUUCUUAAACUCUUCUUGUGGUUAAUUAUAGUCAUAUGUCAAGAAACAUCACAGGAAAUAUAUAACUAAAUCAUA